GAUGGAAUUCGUUCCAUCCCAACACAACAUUUCAUCGUCAUUCAGUCUUACUAACGAGACAAUAUGACGAGAGAUGCUUGGGUCUUCCUCUUCCUCAGCCUCCUCUCUUUCUUGAGUGCGAUGCCCUUAUUCGUCAAUACAUCAUCCCCUUAUUCGUCCCAACGUCCGAGCCAUGCCAGUGAGUGCGAUGCCCUGCUCCAGUUCAAUCAAACAUUUACCAUCUCAAGGGACGCCUCUGCAUAUAACUGCGACUUUCGUAAUUUCUUUUGGGCCAACACUUCAUAUCCGAAGACGGCCUCGUGGCAGAAGGGGCACCGAUUGCUGCUCAUGGGAUGGGGUCACAUGCCACAUGUCAAAAGAUUAUGUGAUCGGCCUCGACCUCAGUUGCAGUUGGCUUCGGGGAGCCCUCCAUUCCAACAGCACUCUCUUCUCGCUCCGGAAUCUUCAGCGGCUGAAUCUCGCUGGUAACAAUUUCAUUGGCUCACAAAUUUCAUCGAGGUUUGGUAUACUUACAGGGUUGGCACUUCUCAAUCUCUCUGGUUCUUCCUUCUCGGGGAUCAUUCCUCUGGAAAUGAUAUCUCAUCACCUUUCCAGCCUAAUUUCACUCGAUCUCUCUGGCUACUACAGUGGAUAUUUGACAAUAGAAGAUGAUCGUAGUUUCAGGAGGUUUGUUAGUAAUUUCACUCAGCUGAGAGAACUUGCUCUUGGUUUUGUAGACAUGUCCAGAGUUUCUCUUACCUCCUUCACGAAUCUCUCUUCCACUCUGACUUCUUUGAGUCUUUAUUACUGCUUUCUGCAAGGGAAAUUCCCAAUUAGCAUCUUCCAUCUACCAAACCUCCGCAGUCUCGCUCUUACUUAUAAUUUUAAUCUCACGGGCACUCUCCCCCAUACAAAUUGGAGCAGUAGCCCACUCGUCCGCUUGAGUCUAUCGUAUACAAAGUUCCACGGACCAAUUCCUGAUUCAGUGGGGAAUCUCACAUCCUUGGAAUAUUUGGCCCUCAUUGACAGCGAAUUUACUGGAUCGUUACCACCAACAAUUGGAAACCUUGACCGCCUCUCUUUCUUGGCCCUCGGUGGUAUCAACCUCAGUGGUACCGUUGACUUUGAUAUGUUUGCAAGGCUAAAGAAUCUUGAGUACCUUUAUCUUUGGAGGAACCUUAACGUAAUGCUUCCAAACAAUGGGAGCUGUUCCUUCCCGAGGCUCAAAGUCUUGUCACUGGAUGAUGUCAACUUGACCGAGUUCCCAUAUUUCUUGAGUUCUUCACCUGAGCUGGAAUAUCUGGACCUUUCUCAAAACAGGAUCAGUGGUCCAAUUCCUGAAUGGUUUUGGAGAGUGUGGAAGAGCAACACGAUGAGAGUCUUGGAUCUCUCUUUUAAUAAUUUCACCGGAGAGCUGCCGAUAAACUUAUUCCGAAAUUCAAGUGUUCAAGUCAUUUACUUACCCAAUAACAAUUUUGACGGCCCCGUUCCGAUUCCACCACCCAAUAUUUGGUUCUAUUCCGUUGCAAACAAUAAGUUUAGUGGAGACAUUCCUCAUCAGCUCUGCAACGCCAACCUGCUAGAAGUGAACCUCUCCAAUAAUAGCUUAAUCGGUCCCAUUCCUCACUGUUUCAUAAAUUUAAGUGCAUUCGUUUUGGACCUCCGAGCAAAUAAACUUUUUGGUCAGAUACCAGAGAUAUUUUUCUCAGGGAGCAACUUGAGGACGAUAAGGUUGAGUGAAAAUCGACUUAAAGGUCCUCUGCCGCAAUCUUUGGCGAAUUGCAAGAAUUUGGAAGUUUUGGAUCUCAGUGAAAAUGAGUUGGAGGGUCCCUUCCCUUAUUGGUUGGACACUCUUCCGAAUUUGCAAGUGCUCGACCUGAGAUCCAACAAGCUUGGUGGUAUGAUUAACAGCUCCUGGAAGAAUAAUCAUCCCUUCCCGAAGUUGCAUAUUUUUGACCUCUCUGACAACAGCUUUCACGGUCAUCUUCCGGCUAAGUACAUUGCCAACUUCAUAGCCAUGAAGGAUAAAGCAAGGAGCCCUUCACAAUACAUGUUGGUAAAUGAUACUCUGGAUCCCUAUAUAGAUUCCGUUACGGUGUUCAUGAAAGGAUUUACCAUUGAGUUGGAGGGAAUUCUGCUAAUGUUUAUGACCAUCGACUUGUCAAGGAACUUCUUCGAAGGAGAUAUCCCAGAGUUAAUCGGAGAUCUGAAGUUACUCAAGGGACUCAACCUUUCUCAUAACAAUUUGACCGGUAGAAUCCCUUCUACUGUAGGGAACCUGACGAAUCUUGAGUGGCUGGACCUCUCCUCGAACAAGCUCAACGGGGAGAUCCCUAGAGGAUUGGCGGAUCUUACAAUGCUCUCCUGGUUGAAUCUCUCGGAUAACCAGCUCGAGGGACUAAUUCCUCAUAGCAGGCAAUUUGACACAUUCAGCCACCCCUUUGAUGGGAAUCCUAGAUUGUGUGGGUAUCCCUUGCCAAAAGCAUGUGGGACCGACAAGCAGCAGUUACCACCUUCGACUUCCCCCGAAGAUGGAGAAGAGAAGGCGCAAUUCGGGCACUGGAUUGAAUGGAGGGCAGUGGCAAUGGGCUAUGGAUGCGGAAUUUCAUUCGGGAUAUUAGCGGGGUACAUUAUGUUGGAAACUGGGAGGCCCAAAUGGCUGGGAAGAAAGGUUGAGCAAUGGAUGAUGAGAAUGGUCGAGAGGAAGAGACGCAGAAAGACAAAUAGGCUGAAGAAAAACGCAGAUCAGAGAAAUCAUGAGGAGGAGCGGAGGCUAAUAAGAUUGAAGAGCAGCAAACAACAAUGCACGUGGAGGCUUCCAUCAACCGAGGGUUAUGGUAAUUUAUCAAUGAUCAAGUGGAAAGCUCACCUUCUUCAAUCCAUAAGCAUCUUCAUUUUUUCUUUUUCCGGUUUCGAGUGGAAUGAUAGUAAUCAUGUAUUUUAUUUCUCCAUAAUAAAAUGAAGCAUUUAAAUGAGAUCAAUACAACUUGAAGCAUCUGUUUGGAGUAGAGUGGUACUUAUC